UUUACCAUAGAUAAAUAAAACAUUAGGCAAGUUUAAACAUAAUUAUGUUUGUAUGCAGAAAUCUGCAAAUGCAACCGAGUUUACCAACGGCUAUUAUUAGAUAAACUGCUCCGGUUCAUUUGAACAGCAGUAAUGUAGAGUACAUGACGUAGCGUGUGACGAAGAAGAAAGUUUAUCGCGUUCAUAAACUCAUUUGAAUAAAGUGAUAGAAUGGCAUAAGGGUCUUUAUUUAACUAUGCUAAAAUAAUUAUUAAAGACCCUAGAUGCAAAAUCGUCAAUUAUUGAGUUAACUGGAUUAUUAGAUGGAUUUUAAAGGAUAAUUAAAGAUGAUCCGCCAGCUUCAUGGUCAGUUACUCAAGGAAGAAACGCACGCCAAGUCCCAUAUAAAGGGAGUUGAACCACCGCAAGCGCCUGAAACCCUAAAACAAUCCAUUUCCAAACUUCUUGCAAAGGUAAUUAUUUGUAAGCAUGUUGCAGACUCUGCAAAGCAAUCUAUUUUCAAAGUUCUUGCAAAGGUAAGAAACCCUUAAAGCGAUCUAUUUUCAAACUUCUUGCAAAGGUAAGAAACCCUCAAAGCGAUCUAUUUUCAAACUUCUUGCAAAGGUAAGAACCCCUCAAAGCGAUCUAUUUUCAAACUUCUUGCAAAGGAAAUUAAUUGUUAAGCAUGUUGCAGACUCUGCAAAGCGGUCUAUUUCCAAACUUCUUGCAAAGGUUAGAAAUCCUCAGACAAUCAAUUUCCAAAAUUUUGUGUUAAUGUAAUUUACUGUGAAGCAUCUCGCAGCUCGCAGACUCUGCAAAACGAUCCAUUCCCAAACUUCUUACAAAGGAAUUCAAUUUUAAUCACGUCACGGGUUCUGCAAAACCUAUCAGACGAUCAUGCUAAUGUGACAAAAAUAUCAUGCGUCUCAAAUGUCAAUGAGGCCUCAGACAAAGCCAAUUAACAACACCCGUUAAGAAGAUGGAUAGCGACCCAGCAAUGCUGCGAACCCAGAUCAGAACUCAUCAGGAAGCUAUGGAUGGCUUGAGAGAGGUCAGUCCAAGGUUACAUAUGUAUUUGCCCUGUUUACCAGGGUUUAAACGAAGAUUGGGGCAUUUAGGGCGUCGUCAGAGUGGUGGUUUCCAGUCAAUUUAUUUAUUUUGGAGUGACCGAUAACGAUGAACAUGUGGAUGUAGCAAGAUGAACAUAAAGCAUUGGAUGUUUGUUUGAAGGUAGCUUGCAUGCAGAACUAGAUAGGGACUGCAUUUGGGGCAACUCGGCCACAGGUCGAUGUAACAACACCUUCAAAUAUGGCACAAAUGCGAUUUAGGGUUAAUAACUCUAGUUUGUCUUGACCAAUCUAGAUGCAACGUUCGGUAUAGAAAGCUGAUAAUGAGACCAAUAUUGACAUUGGAUUUGGAGACAGCACUGCUAACAUACUGUUACUUAAGAUAGAAAACCCGUUUCGUUUAUAUAAAAAAGUUUGGAUGGAGGUAUUGUACUAAAAUUACGUUUGUAUGUUGUUGUUGCGACGAUUUUUUGGAUUGCAUUUUGGCCUAGUUGGAUCAAGGUUAAGGUCACCGUUUCUUAGCUAGAGAAAUGGAUAAUGUAUUUUUGUCUUAACGUUUAUACUAAAGGCCUUUCUUAGAAAGCUAUAGCUACUCAUAACAUGUUAAUUGUUUUGCUAACUGUCGAAGCUUUGUAGAAAACCGAAACGUGUUAUUCUUUGUUUGUUUGUUGUGGUUUUUUGUUAACGCUUGGCCAAAUUGACAAUUUUGAUGAAUGUUUGUUUGAAGUGUUUUCGUAAAUAUGUGUAAUGUUCUUUAAAAAAUCUGGGUUUAAGGCAUGUGCGUAAAGUGUCGUCCUAGAUUAGCCUGUGCAGUCAGCACAGGCUAAUCAGGGACGACACUUUCCGCCUAAACUUGAUUUUCGGUACGGAGGGACUUCCUUGAAACUAAAAAUACCAUAAAAGCGGAAAGUGUCGUCCCUGAUUAGCCUGUGAGGACUACACAGGCUAGUCUGGGACGACACUUUAUGCACAUGCAUUUUGUCCAAUUUUCACAGAACAAGUCUCUUAUUUACAUUAUUGCUAAUCUUUCUGUUUCAUGCGUUUUCCAACAUGGCUGAGGAGAAGGAGGAGAUAAUGAUGGAGUUAACUGAGAAGAUAAACUACAUCGAGAGUAUUGAGGCGGAAAACGACAAACUCGUAAAGGACUUACACACGCUGCGGAACGACAGACAAAGAGCCGUGUCGAAGCCACAUGUGCAGUUUCAGAAACCGACAACUGCUGCUGAUAUUCCUCAGGAAAGUGCUAAUGAGGUCGAUGAGGUUGGUAAAGAACAGGAAACGGGGAGUCCUGCAGUAGGAGAUCUCAACCAGGAGAUGGUAGCUGCUUUAGAAAAGGAGGUACAGAAAUGGAAGAGCAGAUGUGAGAACCUGAAACGUACACUGGCCGAAACAGAGAUAAAACUAAGCGAAGCGUUCCGAGAGAUUUCAGAUCUUCGCAUGAUGGACCAUGAUGCGCAUCCCAUGCUGGCUCCUGCGCCUGAAAUGGAUCAUAACAUCGAGACCUCAAGGUACAGUUCCAGUUUCUGACGUAAAAUCAACAAAACAAGCUAAGCCAGUUAAAACGGAGACCACUGAAAAGCAACCUCAAGCCCAACAAGCACUCCAGGAGACUAUUGACUAUUGAACCCAAAGAAUCAUCAAACCAAAAGACCAGCAUGAAACCUAAGCCCACACAAG